GCAAGUGCAGUAACUUUUUCCAUCAUAUAAAAAGCUUAAUCGUAGCAGAUAAAACAAAAGAUAUUCCAAUAUUCACUACUUUAACAUUAGACAACGUGCUGCAAACAAUGUCGGAUAUUCAAACGCUAGUGGACAUGGGCUUUCCCAAGGAUAAGGCAGAAAGGGCCUUGCAGGUCACCGGCAAUAAAGGUGUAGAAGCGGCUAUGGAGUGGUUACUGGCACAUGCUGACGAGGAUAUACCCUCGAGCAGCGGAUCUUCUGAUGCAGUAACGUUGCAAUCGUCAUCCGAGCAACCUAGUACUGCUUCAACAACUGAAACAGCUGAAACCGUCGCAGCCGAUGCGUCCCCUCAAAUGGCGAAGUCUCUCAAAUGUGACGAAUGUGGAAAAUUGUUCAAGUCACAGGAUGAAGUUGAGUUCCAUGCUGCAAAGACUCAACACAGUAGCUUCUCGGAAUCUACUGAGGAGAAAAAACCGCUGACCGAGGAGGAAAAGAAAGCACAGUUAGCUUUGCUAGAGGAAAAGAUGAAACGGAAGCGACAGGAGCGGGAGGAAAAUGAAAAAAAGGAAGCGUUGGAACGAGAGCGAUUACGGAUCAAAUCCGGUAAGGAUAUGUUGGAAGCUCGUCGUAAACUUGAAGAGCAAGAGAUGAAAAAAGUAAUGGAUCAAAGGCGCCGAGAAAAGAUGGAAGAAAAAGAGGCACGCGAGCGUGUUAAAGCACAGAUUGAAGCAGACAAGGCAGCUCGAAGAGCCAAACAAUCCGGAGAGCAAAUCAGUCCACCGAUGCCUACAAGUACGGUAUCAUCCUCAGUGGAAUCUACAGUAACUAAGCCGGUAACACCUAAAUCUUACACUAAUACACGCAUUCAGAUUCGCAUGUUAGAUGGAAGCGCCCUGGUCGAAACCUUCGACGCUAAGGAACAAUUAGCUGCCGUUAGGCUAUUCGUUCAGCUCAAGCUCGGUGCAAAUCCGGCACCGUUUGGUUUUAUGACUAAUUUCCCGAAAAAAGUUUUCGGCUCGGAAGAUUAUGAAGUUCCACUUGACAAACUGGGUCUAGUACCGUCGGCGGUACUAAUCGUAACUAAAACGCCAUGAGCUUAUUAGAACGUGCGGAUUGAGAUCUCGCAUAACGUGCGGUACUAUUGGUAUGUAUGUUUAAGGACAUUUUUCGGAUUAAAUAAAAUAUUGAAAAGGGUAAGUUUUCGGAUAUUUAU